AUGGCCGGAUUGCCGGAAAGUCUUGCGUCUCCACGAUGCUACUGUACGUAUCCUCGCGGCACAUACUAUGGUACUAUACUAUCGUGCUGUCACACGGUUGGCAACGAGCAGCUUCCGAUCCCCCGAGGUGCGAAGCAGAGGAGCAUGCAACAUGGCCGGCUCCAACCUCGGGACGCUGCAAGGCAGCGAUCCAUCCGUCGAUUUGCUAUGCACUCGGAUCGCCACCACCUGUCAUCGACGCAUCGUGAAGACGAUGAGGACGCUUGCUGGGGCACGCAUGAGGACCAGAGAAGGAUCCUGUGUACCUGGACUAGUCAGAAGCGACUUGCCGGCUACGAAAACGGCGCGCAGCCGCUGUACCGUGUCAGGUGUCUCACCGCGGUACCUCUUAUUGACCGCAAGUUGCCUCGGACGGACUAUUUCCUCCACGGAGGCACUAAAACUCAGUAA